UUCAGUAUUUAGUCGGCCAACUAAAACUCGCCCUUGGUGGGAAAGAUGACAGCGUGACGUCUCUGCAGCAGCCUCCCUGCAUGUCCAAGAGUCCCCAUGGAUGACCUCACCCAAGCCCUCUCGGCCAGCUUCGCUGUGUCCAAGGAGCCCAACAGCACCGCGGCCGCCCACCCUCGGCUGGCCCAGUACAAGAGCAAGUUCAGCGUGCUGGAGCAGAGCGAGCGUCGGCGGCGCUUCCUUGAACUGCAGAAAAGUAAAAGGUUAAACUACGUCAACCAUGCACGGCGUCUGGCUGAUGGGGACUGGACGGGGGCGGACAGCGAUGGAGAGGAGGACAUGGAGAAAAAAGAGGAGGGGGAACGGGAGCAGGACGGCCUGACGGAUGAAGAGGGGAUGGAGAUCGAGAAGAGGAAGCUGCCAAAGCAUUAUGCCAACCAGCUCAUGCUGUCAGAGUGGCUGGUGGAUGUGCCAUCAGAGCUGGACACUGAAUGGCUGAUGGUGGUCUGUCCUGUGGGGAAAAGAUCUCUCAUUGUUGCCUCCAAGGGCUCCACUGCAGCGUACACUAAAAGCGGCUACUGUGUGAACCGUUUCCCCUCCCUGCUGCCCGGUGGGAACCGACACAACUCGGCCAUGGGAAAAGACUACACAAUCCUGGACUGCAUCUACAGCGAGGUGGACAGAACGUUCUACAUCCUGGAUGUCAUGUGCUGGAGAGGCCACCCGGUCUACGACUGCCCGACUGAGUUCCGUUUCUUCUGGCUCCAGUCCAAAGUCCAGGAGACGGAGGGCCUAUCAGAAAUCGCCAAACGUAACCCUUUCCGGUUUGUGAGCCUCCAAAACACAGACUGCACAGCAGAGCUGAUUCAGAAAGCCCUGGCUGCUGAGUACGACUUCGGCGUGGACGGUCUGCUCUUCUACCACCGGCAGACCCACUACACCCCCGGCAGCACCCCUCUGGUGGGCUGGCUUCGCCCCUACAUGGUCACCGACAUCCUGGGCAUAGAGGUCCCCGUAGGCCCCCUCACCACCAAGCCCGAGUACGCCAACCACCAGCUGCAGCAGAUCCUGGAGCACAAGAAACCGUCCAGUGAAGUCCGGCCGGCCAACAGCAGCGGAGGCUAUGAGUUAGAGUACCUGUCCACGCCGGUCCAGGACGGCGGGGACGCUCCGAACUUCUUGAAUCAAAAGCCAGUGAGGGAAGGCAACAUGGAGGUCUGAGUGGGAGGCUUAACGAGAUGCAAAUUGCUAACUCCGUGUUCCUGAGUGGUGGCGGCCCACAUAUGGCUCUUUAGAAUGUCUGCUGAAUAGUUUUUUGCAGAUCUGACCAAUUGCAAAGCAUGGCUAAUUCUAAUCCGGCACUGCUCAGGACGCCCUCGGGGUGCAGAUUAGCAGAGCGAUGCUUUUAUAUGUGUUUUUAAACAUGUUGUACCUGUUGCAGAACUCCGGAACAGAUCGGUGUCUUUUGAGAGUGAUUGCACAGUAUUUAGCCACUAAAAUGACUUAGUCGCGGUCUGUUAUGCAGCUCCCUUCCUUCCAUUACAUCAUCGCAUACAAUCCAAAAACUAGGACGAGAGGGGUUCUUAUGUGAGAGUGCAGCGGUAAAUGUUGUGGUGAAGUGUUAUUUUGACACUUAGAACGAAUAAUGCCUAAGAACUGUUGUCAGUGUUUUGCAGACUGCAGCUAUCAUUGUUGCGUACGCACACAUCUCGUUUUUGAGCAGAUCAUUUGUUUGAGCAGCCGAGAAGGAGAGUGGCACUGACCGAGCAAACACUGAGUUGAUUAUUGCGGCAGCAGUGACGUGGACUUUUACGAUUUAAUGUUGAAUUAUAAAAUUGCUAAGAAGAUGUUUUAAAGCGUAUGUUUCUCAAUAAAUGUGUUUUUUUUAUUGGCCUACACCGUGUUCUCAAGUUUUUUUUGUGUUUUUUUUAAAUCAGUUAAACACUCGUGGAGAGACAUUGAAUAUAAUAGAGGAUUUUCUUUUUUUAUUACUCUUCAAAAACUGUUAAA